UGGCUUGGAUUAUAUUUCCAUUGGACAGUGGUUUGGCUGUGCUUUGGGCACCUCGCAGGAAAACGUUUAUUCGUUUAAGAGCUUCGCCUGCGCUCUUCCCUCGCCCUAAGACGAGGCUCGGGGCUGAACUCUCGGGUCACUUGGUGAAUCAGUCCAGCGGGACGGGCUGGGGUGCGAAGGUCCCAGAGGGCGUUUCCCGCUUUCGCCACCUGCAUUCACCAGGCUCGUGGGCAAAGCAUGCGGGUGUCGAGGACCCCCGACCUCCGUUCGCCGGCCGGACCUUCCUCGAGGGUUCCCAGGACCGGGAGCAGCCCCGGGCACCCACAUCACCCUCUACUAUAGCCAUCGCCCGGACCGCGUCACACAUCACCGCACAACCGCGGAGGAAGGUAACAGAGAGGACGCGGUACCUGACAAUCAACACCCACACCGCCCUCCGGCUGGCUGAGUGGAUCCAGGACCUGGUCAGACGAACUUCCCUCGCCUUCCGGGGCGUGGCCCCAGGCCAAGAGGCGGGAUUUCCCUUCCAGGUGUGAAUAUCUUCCGGCGUGUACCGGAAGUUCCCUCAGUGAGAAGCAGGAAGUUGGAGCGCCGAGUCUGUCUUCCUAUCUCUGCGUAAAGCUAAUCGCUAGCGGACUGUGGGACCGGAACGCUAAUCGUUAGAUUCUUGGCUAGGUCGCCUCUUGUUUCUCGCCUGGCCAUGGCGACAUACACCUGCAUCACCUGCCGGGUGGCGUUCCGCGACGCGGAGAUGCAGCGGGCCCACUACAAAACGGACUGGCACCGCUACAACCUGCGGCGAAAAGUGGCCAACAUGGCUCCGGUCACCGCCGAAGGCUUCCAGGAGCGAGUGCGGGCGCAGCGGGCCGUGGCAGAGGAGGAGAGCAAGGGCACGGCCACCUACUGCACUGUCUGCAGUAAGAAAUUCGCCUCCUUCAACGCCUACGAAAAUCACCUCAAGUCCAGGCGGCAUGUGGAGCUGGAGAAGAAGGCGGUGCAGGCUGUGAAUCGGAAAGUGGAAAUGAUGAACGAGAAGAACCUGGAGAAGGGGCUAGACGUGGACAGUGUGGACAAGGACGCCAUGAACGCGGCCAUCCAGCAGGCCAUCAAGGCCCAGCCGUCCACGUCUCCCAAGAAGGUGUCCACAGAGGAGUUCCGGAGUGCGGUGGCCGUCGCUGCGGGUGGACGUGGAACUCACGACCGAGACCCGGCAGAGAAACCGCCCCGGCUCCAGUGGUUUGAACAGCAGGCGAAGAAACUGGCCAAGCAGCAGGGCGGAGAGAGUGAGGAGGAGGAAGAGGAGGAGGAGGACCUGGAUGGAGAAGAUUGGGAAGAUAUUGAUUCUGAUGAAGAAUUGGAAUGUGAGGAUACUGAAGUGAUGGAUGACACGGAGGAGCAGGAUGCAGAUGAGGAAGAAGCUGGGCAUAGCCCACCCCUAGGUGCCAUCCCAGUAACGGACUGCUUAUUUUGUCCCCAUCAUUCAAGUUCCCUCAUGAAGAAUGUGGCUCAUAUGACUAAAGUCCACAGCUUUUUUAUUCCUGAUAUAGAGUAUCUUUCAGACCUUAAGGGUCUGAUAAAAUAUUUAGGAGAGAAAGUUGGUGUUGGGAAGAUUUGCUUGUGGUGCAAUGAGAAAGGGAAAUCCUUCUACUCCACAGAAGCUGUACAGGCACAUAUGAACGACAAAAGCCACUGUAAGCUUUUCACAGAUGGUGAUGCUGCUUUGGAAUUUGCAGACUUCUAUGAUUUUAGGAGCAGCUACCCAGAUCACAUGGAAGGGGAGGACCCCAGUGAGGCUGAGGAGUUACCCUCAGAAAAGAACUUGGAAUAUGACGAUGAAACUAUGGAGCUGAUUCUGCCUUCUGGUGCCAGAGUUGGUCAUCGCUCCUUGAUGAGAUACUACAAACAGCGAUUUGGCUUGUCAAGAGCUGUGGCAGUUGCUAAAAAUCAGAAGGCUGUGGGCAGAGUACUCCAACAGUACCGAGCCCUGGGGUGGACUGGCAGCACAGGAGCAGCUCUUAUGCGAGAGCGGGAUAUGCAGUAUGUCCAAAGGAUGAAAUCAAAAUGGAUGCUGAAGACAGGAAUGAAGAACAAUGCCACCAAGCAAAUGCACUUUAGGGCCCAAGUGAGAUUCUGAGAGUCUGCUGGAUUGAGUGAUUGUCUCCUGCACGAGUUUCCUCCCUGCCUGAGGACCAGUGGAACCUGGCUUGUGGGAUACGCCCUUUUGCUGCUACUUCACUUGUUCUGACCUAAUAAUAAAAUCAGACUCAUGUUGACUUUCAGGUG